AUGGAACCCGGCACCACUUUUAACCAUUUCUUACCUAGUCCGAUUGCGAUCAAAGGUAUUCUGGCAGCAUUCUUGGCGCAGCUCUGUGGCCAAGAGCAGCUGCAACAACAGCAGCAUUUAGCAGCAGCAUUAGCAGCAGCAGCAGCAGGAGGAGACUUCACAGUGAAGGGCUGCCCCAACAAACAGCAGGUCCUGACUGCCGUUCGUCAGAUGCAGAAACUCCUCUCCACACAGGAGUCUCAGUAUAAGCAGGGAAUGCGUACCAUGAGGCGCAAGCUCACUCUGCUCCAGAGUUCAGUGAACAAACAGACAGGCAAAUACAAUGAGACUUGCCCCAAACUCAAUGUCCCAAGUAAUGGCAAGAAGUUUGGAAACAAGUACAGCGUGAGCCAUGAGGUGCACUUUGCGUGUGACCCCGGGUUCCUGCUGGUUGGGAUGGACACCAGAGUGUGCCAGGACAACAAGAAAUGGAGCGGACAGCAGCCCUUCUGUAAGAAUAUAAACGAGUGCUCGAGCAAUCCCUGUAAGAACGGUGGCACCUGUGUGGAUGACAUUAACCGAUACGCUUGUCUCUGUCCUCCUGGUUGGGUUGGCUACAACUGUGACCAUGCUUUAUUUUCACAUUGGACCACAACACGGAGCGACCCAUCCUUCAGCCGCCAGCCUCGCUGCACCAGUGUCCAAGGUUCCCAGCACUGCAGCUGUGAUCCGGGAUUCCACCUGAGCGGCAGGGAGGUCAGGCUUUGCAAAGAUGUAGACGAAUGUGAGCUGUUUCAGAGAGAGCGGCAGGCUCGCCUGUGUGCCCACGCCUGCGUGAACACCCCCGGGUCAUACCGCUGCACGUGCCCCCCAGGGUACACUUUGCAAGAGGAAGGACGAGGAUGCGAUGAUGUUAACGAGUGCUCAAGCGGCCAGCACAACUGCAGCAGGGAGGAGUCCUGCAUUAACAACCACGGAGGGUUUUACUGUGUCCGACCGGAGUGCCCGAAAUCUCGCUUCAAUGCCAGCUACGUGAAGACGUCCCAGUUCAAAUGUGAGAGGAAUCCUUGUCACAUGGACAGUAAGCUGUGCGCGAACGCCGCGUACUCCAUCACCUACCAUUACCUCACCCUCACCUCCAACCUCAAGACCCCCCGAGCCCUCUUCCGCAUGACCACCAGCCGAUUCAACGGGGACACCAUCCGAUUCAGCAUCGUGGGCGGGGUGGGGCAGGGCCACUUCACCAUCCAGCGCUCUGACAGGCAGACGGGAGAGCUGGUUCUCGUACAUCCCGUCCAGGGCCCCGCCACCUUGGAGGUCGAGAUGGAGAUGACGGAACUCUCCGGAAAAACGAUACUCACGAAGCACGUUUCAAAAGUCAUCAUCUACGUCUCCCAAUACACUUUCUAA